AUGAACAUAUCCGAAACUCCUUCUUUACCAACCUGGCGUCUCAUACUCAUGGUCAUUAGCCUAUGUAUCGGCCUCUUCCUCUCCCUAAUUGAUACCUCAAUCGUAGCCACAGCUCUCUAUGAUAUCGGUGUUUCGUUCUCUUCACCACAUACAGUUACUUGGGUAGCUCUGUCCUACACACUCUCCUACCUCAGUUUUGCCGUGCCUUUCGCCAAUCUCAGCGAUGUCAUUGGCCGUCGCGCUGCCUGGCUGCUCGCUUUCACUAUUUUCUUUGCUUUUUCGCUAGCGUGUGGGUUUGCAAGGACUUUGGUGCAGUUGAUUGGAUUCAGGGCUGUGCAGGGAGUGGGUGGAAGUGGAUUGUACUCGUUGACCAUGAUUGUCAUGCCAGAGAUUGUUGCCGAGGACAAGAGAAAGUGGAUUGGUGCCAUUUUUGGGGUGGUCGUUGCUGUGGCUGGGGUCAUGGGCCCGGUGGUGGGAGGUGUGAUUACCAAGUUUGCGACUUGGAGGUGGGUGUUUUGGAUCAAUGGUCCUAUUGCUGCUGUCUCGGUGGCGCUGUUUCUCCUUACCUGGCCAACUAGGGAUAUGGUAAAGCAGCCUGCUCGCAUUCCUUGGAAAUGUCUCGACUUCCCUGGCUCUUUCCUCCUGGUCGCCGCUUCUGUUCUCGUAGUCUUUGCCUUCCAGGAAGCCGGCCUCAGACCUCAUUCUUGGGAUAAAGCCCUGUUUCUAGCACCUUUGCUCGUUGGCUGUUUCUGCUGGUGUGUUCUUUUCGCCUGGGAAGUCUUCGCCUCAAAACGCUCCAUCUCAGUCAUCCUACCUCCUCGCUUACUCAAACGCCGUGUCUACAUAUCCACGGUUAUGAUCACUAUGCUCACAGGCUUUGUAAACUUCACCGCCAUCUAUGCUCUCCCUCUGCACUUCCAAAUCGUCACUGGAACAAGCUCACUCAUCGCCGGAGUAGCUUUACUGCCUUUACUGGUCUCGGCAGCUAUAGGGAGCAUGUUAGGCGGCUUCGCCUCUAAGACACGCUCUUUUCCUGCCCUGGCAAUUGCCAAUGGCAUGAUGGCGAUUGGAGCAGGUCUCUUGUCUACAUUGACACAACACUAUGGCAUCCAAACCAAGACCUAUGGCUUUGAGGUACCGCUGGGCUUGGGCUUGGGACUGUCGAUCUCUACCUCCACGUUGUUGGCUGCGACACAGUGUGAAGCUGCCGAUAUUGCCGUGGCGCAGGGAGUAGUGGCACAAGCCAGAGUGUUGGGUGGGAGUCUUGGGAUAGCAGCAUCUUCUGCUAUUCUAGGCAGUAUGCGUGCAAAGGAGGCUACGAGGUUGGAUGAAGUCGUUGAUGAGAGAUUGGUUUACACCAAAGGCUUUUCAAAGACAAUGUGGGUUUGUGCUGUUGUUUCUUGCAUUGCCGUGAUGCUUUCGACAGGAACUUAUCAAAGAGAGACAGGACGAGCAUCACGGUCAUCUGUAAGUGCUGAACAAGUCAUCAUACAGGAUCAAGUAGUUGCAAUGCCGAAAGAAGUCUGA